AUGGCACAAGACCUCCAAGUCCUGCCACCGGGUGCAGGCUACGGCAUUGUUAUCGGCAUCGGAGGCAUUUUUGCCCUCUUCAUGCUCGGCCUGACCUGGCUACAAAACAGAUACACCCGAUUCUCAACACACCAAGCUGAAGAAUUCAAUACAGCGUCACGAUCCGUCAAACCAGGGCUAAUCAGUGCUGGAAUCGUUUCCUCGUGGACAUGGUCUGCAACUUUGUUGACAAGUUCCACGUUCGCAUACGAGUAUGGAGUCUGUGGACCGAUGUGGUAUGCCGCCACUGGUACAUUGCAGAUUCUCUUGUUUGGUUUGAUCGCCAUCAAGAUCAAGCUUAAUGCUCCCGGUGCGCACACAAUGCCUGAAAUUGUACUCUCCCGCCACGGGACAAUCGCGCAUCUGACGUAUCUUUACUAUGGACUCGCGACUAACAUGCUUGUCGGUGCUUGCUUGGUCCUCGGAGGUUCGCAGGUUGUGGGCGCUCUGACUGGUAUGAGUGUUUAUGCGGCAAUCUUUUUGAUCCCCGCGGUCGUUGCGGCCUAUGUUAUCGCAGGUGGACUACGUUCAACUUUCAUUGCCGAUUAUACUCAUACUGUCAUUCUAUUUGUGGCCAUCUUGGUUUUUGGCUUUUUGCUCAAUGCUACCAGUGACUUGGUUGGUAGUCCAUCGAAAUUGUAUGAUCUUCUCCAAGAGGCGUCGAAGACUAUGCCGAUCGCACGCAACACCGGCGGCUCUUAUCUGUCAUUCCGGUCGGUCGGGGGCCUCAUCUUUGCUUGUGAUCUGUUUGUUGCUGGCUUUACGACUGUUUGGCUGGACCAAGCCUACUGGCAACGUGCCAUUGCUUCGAAGCCGGAGACGUCAGUCAAGGCAUAUAUCCUUGGUGGUAUUGCUUGGUAUGGGAUUCCAUUUGGCUUUGCGACUGUCAUGGGCCUGGGCUGUGCAGCUCUGACGGGUGAUCCACGUUUUCCUACUUACCCCAACCCAUUAUCCUCUGCGCAAGUCGAAGCAGGACUCUCGGCUCCUGCGACGGCGAUCGCACUGCUCGGCAAAGGUGGUGCUGUCCUAAUGCUCAUCUUGCUUUUUAUGGCAGUGACCAGCUCCACUUCCGCGGAACUGAUCGCUGUAUCGUCCCUGUUGACAUUUGAUGUAUACAAGACAUACUACCGACCCAAUACCAGUUCCGAGACCCUAGUCAAGGUUAGCCACUGGGCGAUCGCACUCUAUGCAAUUGUACUCGCCUCGUUUUGCUGCAUCCUAAAUGCAGUCGGUAUCAGUCUGACCUGGGUUCUAACCGUGUUGGGUGUUAUCGUUGGUGGUGCUGCCCUUCCAGUUGGCAUGAUCCUUCUAUGGGAGCCCAUGUCCACAGUGGCUGCCAUCGCUGCUCCAUGGAUUGCCUUUGUCUGUGGCCUUAUCUGCUGGUUUGUAACCGCAUGGAAACGCAGUGGUGGCAUUACUGUUGCUACCACUGGAGAUACCACUAAUGCGGUGGCUGGAAACCUGGCGUCCUUUGGUAUGGGAUUUAUCAUGGCUGUUGUUUUGACAUAUCUAUUCCCGAAGAAGCAUGUCCCUCCAACAGUGAUUGUGGCCGCUGUUUCUGGUAUACCGGAGGUGUCCACCGGUCCUGACCAAGAAUCAUCCCCCUCUGAGAACGGCGGCAUGAAUGAAAAGGAAAAGGCUGACGCCCCUCCCAAUGCAACUGAAGUUGCGGCCCCAACAACGAACGACUUGGUGGACUACCUGAACUCCAACAAUACUGAGCCUAUGGAUCCUAUUCUCGCCCGCAAAGGUGAGCGCAUCGCUUGGAUUGCUAACGCGAUCUUCUUUUUUGGCGCUGUUGUCUUGGUUCCGUUCACGCUUUUCGGCACGGGUUAUAUUUACAGCAAAGCCUUCUUCACUGGUUGGGUAGUCGUCUCGUUUAUCUGGAUUUGGGUCAGUGUUAUUAUCUGUGUUGUUUAUCCUAUCGUCGAAAGUGCGGGAGCUUUGGGAGAUAUAUUGGACGGGGUAUGGAAGGAUUUCAGGGCCCUAAUUGGGUACCGUAAGAAGGUGACAAUGAGUUCUGGCCCUGCUUGA